CCGAUACGCCGCCUGUCGACUGGGAUUUGCCCGUCCUUCGAGUUUGAAUUUUCUUUUUCUUCCCCACCGAAUAAUACGUCAAAAAAAAAAAAAAAAAGGAACGGAAAAUUUAGUUAGCAAUUUCGAGGUGCGCGGAAUCGGGGCGGGUUGGAGGGGUUGAGUUCGCACCCGGCGCACGCAAAGGCCACGACUAUGGUGAUUCACUGUUGUGCGCCGCCUGGCGGGUGUACAAGUAACGGCCUUUCCUCCUCCUCCUCGUCGCUGUCAUUAUUACGCCCCGCCGCCUCCGUACGUAGUAGCCGUUCUCCCUCCUCGCUCGUCCUCCCUCUCCCUCGCGAUCUCUCCGUUUCGCAGCCGCCGCCGCAGCCCCAGCCGCGUCGACGCCGCCGUCGCCUCGACCUCCUCCCGCCGCCGCCAUCCGCUCUUCUCUCCGCCUCGUUCUUCCGACAUGGAUUCUGCAGUGACAGGGCUAUAUCCAUUACACCGUUGCAAGACACUCCACCUGGUUAGGCAUGCACAAGGAAUUCAUAAUGUGGAAGGAGAAAAGAAUCACGACGCCUAUCUGUCAUAUGAUCUCUUUGAUGCUCACCUCACCCCUCUCGGCUGGCAGCAGGUGAGUAACCUGCGCAAGCAUGUCCAAGCACACGGACUUUCGAAGAAGAUUGAUCUUGUAAUUGCAUCCCCUCUGUUGAGAACUAUGCAAACAGCUGUUGGAGUUUUUGGCAGGGAAGGCUACACAGAUGGAAUAGGUGCACCUCCUUUGAUGGUUGCAAAUGCUGGGAAUAGCGAUCAUCCUGCUAUUUCAAGUCUCAACUGCCCACCAUUUAUUGCCAUAGAACUUUGUCGAGAACAUUUAGUAAUUCAUCCUUGUGACAAAAGACGAAGCAUUAGCGAGUAUCGGCCGCUCUUUCCUGCAAUUGAUUUUUCAUUGAUUGAGAAUGAAGAUGACGUCUUGUGGAUGCCUGAUGUUAGAGAAGAGGAUGAGGAAGUUGCUGUUCGAGGAAUGAAGUUCUUGAACUGGUUGUGGACACGGGAAGAGAAGGAGAUUGCAAUUGUUACCCACAGUGGAUUCUUGUUUCAUACCCUCAAUCGUCAUUCAUCGAUCAAGAGCGAAAUGUGCAAGCACUUUGCAAACUGUGAACUCCGUUCAGUUGUCAUCGUGGAUAAAGGGAUGACCGGAUCAGAUGCCGCAAAGACUGACUAUCCAGGCAAAAUUCCUAAUGGACUUGAUCUUCCAAGUGAUGUUGCCAAGGACAAGCACUAAAGGAAGGUCUAUGAAGGCACCGAAUGGUCUAAUUGGUCUCCCAUACUCUUGAUUCAAUUAAUGAUUGAGGUGUGCAGCUUGACACCUACUAUUUUUGGUGGGGAAGCAGUUACAGCAUCACACCAUUGACUCUGAACUUGUAAGCUCUGCUAGGUAGCUUCAAAGUCCAUUCUUUUGGAAAUCAGGUACAAUAUGGAGCCAGUGAAAUUAGGUGCCAAUUCAUUACAACAAUAAAAGGACACAACAGUUAGGUGCCAAUUCGAACUAAUGAAUGACACUACUACUACCUCAGUUUUGUCAUAUUUGGUUAUCUUUUUUUAGAAUUAUAAAAAGGUCCAUGUAUCUAA